UCAGUUAUCAGUUUGUCAGGUUAUAAAAUUUGGUUAUGGAGCCUGUAUGAAUUUAUUGUAUUUUUAUUUCCUGACUAUAUUUUAAAGGAGAAAAGUGAACAACAAAAUAUAAUUGUUCAUUCAGAAAUACAUAAACAAAAAGCUCAACCAUGCACUCAUGUCGGCAAGUAUUAUAUAGUCCUGCACGUUGGAAAAGCGCAGUACCAGUGAAUUUUAAGCCAGCUGUACUUAGUGUUAAAUCAGACCAGUAUACGGUUCAAGAAUGCCGCCACUACUCAGCUCGCAAAGGAUUUUUCUCGUCUAUCAUAGAAAACAUAAAAGAAGACAUAGCGAAAAAUAAGGAAAUGAAAGAGAAUAUAAAAAAAUUCAGGGAAGAAGCUCAGAAGUUGGAAAAUUCAGAAGCCCUGCAGGCGGCGAGAAAAAAGUUCCACGCUGUAGAGUCAGAGGCUUCUAAAAGCUCAGAGGUGUUGAAAGAGACAUUGGAAGGAAUUAAGGGAAAGGUUGGGCAUGUAUUUGAAGAGGCCAGCAAAACGGAUAUUGCCAAAAAAGCUGGAAAGUUUACAGAAGAUAUUUCGAAGACAGCAAAGGGUGCUGCGGAGAGCUUUGCCGAUAAAAGUCAGAAGCUUGGACAGACAACUGCUUUCAGGACCAUUUCACAGGCUACAGAAGUUGUGAAGAACGAAAUGUCGCCACGAGGUCUCGAGGGUCGUGUGUAUACUUCGCCUGCGUCGCUCAGGAAACGUGUUGAGGUGGCGGAAGAAGAGAGGACGUUUGCCCCGGAUACGGAAACGGUCGGCGUCGAACUGCACAAGGACUCGAAGUUCUACCAGCAGUGGGAGGACUUCAAAAAUAACAACCAGUAUGUGAACAAGGUAUUAGACUGGAAAAUUCGCUACGAAGAAUCCGAGAACCCCGUGGUACGCGGCGCCCGUUUCGUCACUGAAAAGGUCGGCAGCCUGUUCGGAAACCUCUUCGAAAAGACCGAGCUAUCGAAAACACUCACGGAAAUAUGCAAAAUCGACCCCAACUUCACCGCACAGAAGUUUCUGGAAGACUGCGCGAACGACAUCAUACCGAACAUUCUGGAAGCGAUGGUCCGAGGUGACUUGGAGAUCCUGAAGGACUGGUGUUACGAGGGAGUCUACAACAUCCUGGCCACUCCGAUAACCCAGUGCAAGCAGCUGGGCUACCGGCUGGACUCGAAAAUUCUAGACAUUGAAAAUAUUGAGCUGGUUAUGGGCAAGAUGAUGGACCAAGGUCCGGUGUUGGUGCUCACAUUCCAAUCGCAACAAAUCAUGUGCGUGCGAGACGCGAAGAAUAACGUGAUAGAAGGGAGUCCGGAUAAGGUGAUGAGGGUCAACUAUGCGUGGGUGCUGUGCAGGGACCCGCAAGAGAUGAACCCCAAAGCGGCCUGGAGGCUGCUCGAAUUAUCAGCAAAUAGUGUAGAACAAUUGAUAUAGUAGACCAUUCAUAGACUGUAGAAUGAUUCUGUGUUGCUAUCAAUACAAACUUAUUAAUUCCCCCUGUGUUGCUGUUUUACGGACAGAGAUAAUUUAUUUAGUAAAAGUUCUAUAAGCUGAUAGAAUAUCGCCAUCUGAAGUACUAUAAACGGCAGUAAAUAUUGCUGUAAGUAUAAGGAAGAUCGAAUAAGUGUAUAAUUGCCAUAAUAUGCUCACUCCGCUGUAAAAAUUGUUAUAUUAUAAAAUAAAAUUAAUUGACCGACAGAACGUAGCCAAGAUUUCUCGUAAGAAGAUAUCCAUAUAUUUUCAUAUUAACACUACCCAAAAACCCAAGCUACCAAUGCAAUGUUUAGAAAAACAAUUUAUGUUUAUAUUUAUAAACUGUUCGUUUUAUAUGUAU